AUGGCGUCGACCUCAAACGAAAUUGUUUCGGAGCGGGGUAGGCCCAAACUAGUCCACGACGGUUAUGUAUACGUCAGGGAGAAGACGAGCAAAGACGGGUCCACUCGGUUCUGGAGGUGUCAACAAGUGGGUGCUUGCAAAGCUCGUUUGCACAGCUGUAUCGACAGUAAUGAAGUCCUCAAAGUUAUCGGGACUCACAGCGAUGAGCCUAACCCAGGAGCAAUCGAGAUGGCUAGCCGGAGAUGUUCCUUGAAGCGUCGUGCGGUAGAAAGCCAGAGUACACCACUGCAGCUCAUUGAAGAUGCUUUCGAAGGAUCUUCUCUAGCCGCCAAGUUAGUCGCCCCGAAUACUGAAUCCUUGGCUCGGACUGUGAAUCGAGCCCGAAAAGCCGAGAGAAGACCACCGGCGAUCCCUACUAGUCGGGCGACUAUUACCAUUCCUUUCGAAUACACUGUCUACCAGAGUGAGCCAGGCCUUUCUGAAUCUUUCCUGAUCGGCGACUCGGGUGAAGGAGACGAGCAACGCAUACUGAUUGUUGUCGUUCUUGCCGAGAGGGAAGGGUUCGUACUGCCGGCAUGCUACGCUCUGCUGCCGAAUAAGAGUGAAGAUACCUACCGCCGCAUGAUUCGAAUAAUACGCAACGCCUGGCCCUGCAUGAACCCAGAAGCGAUUUCAAUGGAUUUUGAGAAAGGCCUAAUCAACGCCUUCAGCGAAGCUUUCCCAGCCGCUGCGAUUCACGGCUGCUUGUUCCACCUUGUAAAGAAUUUGAAGAAAAAGCUCACGGAACUCCAUCUGAUGAGCCGCUAUCGCACCGACGGAAACUUUUCGCUCUCUUCGCGCAUGAUCGCCGGUCUUGCCUUCGUUCCCCCGAGUUCCAUGGACAACGUGAUUGCCGAGUUGGCAGUCUUUCUACCCGAGGAGUUAAUGCCAGUCCUAAAAUAUUUUGAAGACACCUAUGUUGGUUCGUUACGGCAUAUACGUCCGGACGGGAGCGUUGUACGUCAAGAGCCAUUGUUCCCCGUCCGCAUGUGGUCGGUUUACGAACGCACGAUCAACAACGACUCCCGGACGAACAACUAUGCCGAGGCUGCGCAUAAGAGGCUCCAGACCGAGUUUGGUGUAGACCACCCGUCGCUGUGGAGGUUAAUCGAUGGGUUGAAAAAGAUACAGCACCAUCGGGACAUUCUUCUCGCCCGAUACAUCAGCGGCCUUCAACCGAGAGCAAGGCGCAAGAAAUAUCUCAAAAUCGAUGAAAGACUUCGCGAACUUGUGAACACAUUCGGCGCUCGUACACCCGUGGAAUUCCUACGAGGCGUUGCCAACAAUUUUCUUAUGGAGAUCUGA